AUGGACGCGAGUCUCAAGGAGACCGAGUACGACGUGCUGCUGGUGGGCACUGGCAUGGUGGAGGGGAUUCUCGCAGGGGCAUUGGCACGUAUCGGCAAGAAGGUGUUGCAUCUGGACCAGAAUGACUACUACGGCAGCAACUACGCGUCGUUCCCUUUGGCCCAAUUCCUGAGGUGGACGAAGAACGAGAACAUUGCUCCUCGCAACUUCGGGGACGAAGACGACAAUGAUAAAGUGGAAAAGAAGGUUAAGGAUACUGCGACAAUUGACGAAGACAAACAGCGGGUGUUGCCGAUGAAGAGCUCGUUCGAGUGCCGUCUGCUGGAGGAAGGGUUCGCCGACGAAGCCACGAAGGAGGAAUUGUUGCGUCAAUCUUCAUCCUUCAGCAUUGACGUGAACCCGCGACUCAUGUUGUCGUCGGAGCAGUUAGUGGAGAUUUUGAUCACCUCGGGUGUGGGGAGGUACCUCGAGUUCGCGGCGAUUGAGCGCACAUACGUGCACUUCCAGUCGGCUGUGUCUGGCGCUAAGAGUGAAGAGUCUGACACAGUGUGGGAGGUGCCGUGCUCGAAGAAGGACGUGUUCCAGAGCAAGUUGCUGGGGAUGGUGGAGAAGCGGCAGCUGAUGAAGUUCCUGCAGUUUGUGGCUGACUAUGGUGAGACCCACAUUUUGCACGAGGACGUCAAGACCAAGAACGAACGCACGCUCGCUCUUGGACGCGCACUGAAGCGGCCUCAGAACAAGGCGAGCCAGGCGGACGGAGAUGCUGAGCUGGAGAAAUACCUCGACCGUCCAUUCCAGGAGCUGCUGGAGAAGCACUUCAAGCUCUCCUCCAAGUUGCAGCAGGUUGUCGUGUACUGCGUCGGUCUGGCCAGCUUCCCAGCCACAAAGAACCAGAUCUCAGCUCGGGAAGGACUCGAAGCCGUGUACCGCUACGUCGCAUCCAUCGGGCGAUUCACAGGCACUGCCUUCUUGGCCCCGCUCUAUGGCAUCAGCGAGCUCGCGCAGAGCUUCUGUCGGCUUAGUGCUGUGUACGGCGGUAUCUACGUACUCCGCGCUCCAAUUGACGGCUUCGUGUUGGACACUGAGACGAAUGAACUUCGCGGUGUUCGCUGCUGUGAUGGCGAUGUGCUGCGUACGAAGCACAGCGCCGCAAUGGCGGAGACCGCCGACGAAGAUGCAGUAGAAGCUACUACUGAUGAAGGGGAGGCCGCAACCAAGCCAGCCUGGAGCGACCGGAUCGCCUGGCGGGCCAUCUUUACUAUGGACCACCUGGCUUCCGGUGACGCCAAACUGCUCGACCCCAGCGCAAAGGCGACGGACUUGCCGGCCAACGCGUGGGUGUGCGAAACGUCCAUGGCCGAAUUCGAUGCUGGUGUCGCGGAUCCCGUUGAGAAACCGCCUACCAGUUGCAACGCCGCCAGCCCGCUGGAGAUCCACCUCGAGAGCGCGAGCGCCAACGCCCGCGCCAUCUUCGAGGCGCUGUGUCCCGGCGAGCCGUUUCUGCCCAAGAGCGCGAGCGCCGAGCAAGCCGAGCAGGAGGAGCAGGAGAGCGAGGAGGACGCCGUGCUCCGCGCCGCGCAGAAGCUGGCACAGCAGACUCAGUUA